CUCCUCUCGGAGAGAGGGCUGUGGUAAAAGCCGUCCGGAAAAUGGCCGCCGCCGCUGCCGCCGCGCCGAGCGGAGGAGGAGGAGGAGGCGAGGAGGAGAGACUGCUCCAUAAAAAUACAGACUCACCAGUUCCUGCUUUGAUGUGACAUGUGACUCCCCAGAAUACACCUUGCUUCUGUAGACCAGCUCCAACAGGAUUCCAUGGUAGCUGGGAUGUUAGGGCUCAGGGAAGAAAAGUCAGAAGACCAGGAUCUUCAGGGCCUCAAGGACAAACCCUUGAAGUUUAAAAAGGUGAAGAAAGAUAAGAAAGAAGACAAAGAAGGCAAACAUGAGCCUCUGCAGCCAUCAGCCCACCAUUCUGCCGAGCCAGCAGAGGCAGGCAAAGCAGAGACAUCAGAAGGAUCGGGCUCUGCCCCAGCUGUGCCAGAAGCUUCUGCUUCCCCCAAACAGCGCCGCUCCAUCAUUCGUGACCGGGGACCCAUGUAUGAUGACCCCACCCUGCCUGAAGGUUGGACACGAAAGCUUAAACAAAGGAAGUCUGGCCGCUCCGCUGGGAAGUAUGAUGUCUAUUUGAUCAAUCCCCAAGGAAAAGCCUUUCGCUCUAAAGUGGAGUUGAUUGCGUACUUCGAAAAGGUAGGCGACACCUCCCUGGACCCUAAUGAUUUUGACUUCACGGUAACUGGGAGAGGGAGCCCCUCCCGGCGAGAGCAGAAACCACCUAAGAAGCCCAAAUCUCCCAAAGCUCCAGGAACUGGCAGAGGUCGGGGACGCCCCAAAGGGAGCGGCACCACGAGACCCAAGGCAGCAGCAUCCGAAGGUGUUCAGGUGAAAAGGGUCCUGGAGAAAAGUCCUGGGAAGCUCCUGGUCAAAAUGCCUUUUCAAGCAUCACCUGGGGGCAAGGCCGAGGGGGGUGGAGCCACCACAUCUGCCCAGGUCAUGGUGAUCAAACGCCCUGGCAGGAAGCGAAAAGCUGAGGCUGAUCCCCAGGCUAUUCCCAAGAAACGGGGCAGAAAGCCAGGGAGUGUGGUGGCAGCUGCUGCUGCUGAGGCCAAGAAAAAAGCCGUGAAGGAGUCUUCCAUCCGGUCCGUGCAGGAGACCGUGCUCCCCAUCAAGAAGCGCAAGACCCGUGAGACAGUCAGCAUUGAGGUCAAAGAAGUAGUKAAGCCCCUGUUGGUGUCCACCCUCGGUGAGAAGAGUGGGAAGGGACUGAAGACCUGCAAGAGCCCCGGGCGGAAAAGCAAGGAGAGCAGCCCCAAGGGGCGCAGCAGCAGCGCCUCUUCACCCCCCAAGAAGGAGCACCACCAUCACCACCACCACUCAGAGUCCCCAAAGGCCCCUGUGCCGCUGCUCCCGCCCCCACCCCCGCCCCCACCCGAGCCUGAGAGCUCCGAGGACCCCACCAGCCCCCCUGAGCCCCAGGACUUGAGCAGCAGUGUCUGCAAAGAGGAGAAGAUGCCCCGAGGAGGCUCGCUGGAGAGUGACGGCUGUCCCAAGGAGCCAGCUAAGACUCAGCCCGCCGUUGCUACUGCCGCCACAGCCACAGAAAAGUACAAACACCGAGGGGAGGGAGAGCGCAAAGACAUUGUUUCAUCCUCCAUGCCAAGGCCAAACAGAGAGGAGCCUGUGGACAGCCGGACGCCCGUGACCGAGAGAGUUAGCUGACUUUACACAGAGCGGAUUGCAAAGCAAACCAACAAGAAUAAAGGCAGCUGUUGUCUCUUCUCCUUAUGGGUAGGGCUCUGACAAAGCUUCCCGAUUAACUGAAAUAAAAAAUAUUUUUUUUUCUUUCAGUAAACUUAGAGUUUCGUGGCUUCAGGGUGGGAGUAGUUGGAGCAUUGGGGAUGUUUUUCUUACCGACAAGCACAGUCAGGUUGAAGACCUAACCAGGGCCAGAAGUAGCUUUGCACUUUUCUAAACUAGGCUCCUUCAACAAGGCUUGCUGCAGAUACUACUGACCAGACAAGCUGUUGACCAGGCACCUCCCCUCCCACCCAGAUCUUUUCCUCAUGUGGUCAUUAAGGACAGAGAACAGUUGAGAGGACACUCCAGUUUUUGGUGCCAUUGGUACCCCACCCACAGCUACUCUAUCUCCCUCACCUCUCCCACUCCCAACCAUGGUGGGACAAUGAGGUAUGAGGCAGGAGAGACCGUUGGAUUCUUUAGAGAAGACGACGGAGAUGGCCAGUGGCUAUGGCCCAUGUGAUCCCACCCGUGGUGGCACAAGUCUAGCCCCACGUCAGCCCCAGUCCAAAACUGAUGACAUUUCACAGGACAGGAAGGUGGCACCUGGUCUGCUCCAACUCUGGCAUGGCUAAGAGGGAGUCCUGAACUGCUGAGUGUAGACUGGCCUGAGCCACAGGAGAGGGCCCAGGGUGAGGUGGCAUCAACCAUUCUCGAGGCACUUCAUCCAGUGGGUGGCGCUAAAGAGAAGCUAUGGAAGCAGCAGGAGGAGGCACAGGCAGGCUGGCCCAGGAUCAGGCCAGGCCUAGUGCAGCAGGGCAAGAGAGAUUCCUAGUGGCUCAGAGCAGUCUGUGACUGGUAGUUAGGGACUUAUUGAUGGGACAAAGGGCAAGGAGGGAAGAGAGGGAAAAUGUUCUUCCAAUUACUUUCCAGUUCUCCUUUAGGGACAGUUUAGAUUAUUUGCACUAUUGAGUCUUCAUGUUCCCACUUCAAAACAAACAGAUGCUCUGAGAGCAAGCUGGCUUGAAUUGGUGACACUUUGUCCCUCAAGCCACCAGACAUGAUGGUGUUCAGAACUACCUGGAUCUGUAUAUACCUGCGCUUGUUUUAAAGUGGUCUCAGCACAUAGGGUUCCCACGAAGCUCCGAAACUCUAAGUGUUUGCUGCAAUUUUAUAAGGACUUCCUGAUUGGUUUCUCUUCUGUCCUUCCAUUUCUGCCUGUCUUUCAUUUCAUUCUUUCAUUUCUUCCCCUUCCUCCUACCUCCCAGUUCAUCCCCUCUGUUCCAGGCAGCCACAAUGCCCAACCAUACACUGAGCUGACACAGUUGGCUCCACCCCCUAGAACUCUCCUUCCCCUUUGCCUCCCUGUUACCAGCACCAGCCCCAUCAUUUCUGAUCCCUGAGGAAGUCCUGGGCUCUGCUGAAUCUGCCCUGGCAUCUGUGAAGAGCAGUGAGUUUUUGCUCUCCUAGGUAGGCCCUCUUCCCUGGUAAGAAAAAGGCAAAAGACUUCAGACCCUAAACAACAUGCCUUUCCACCCUUCUGCUUUAAAGAAGUGGGCCAGAGAAGCUAGGCCACAUGUGGUAUCUGAGGAAGGCACAGAGGUCCCCUGUGGCCUGCUAGUCAUUGAGUGGCCCAGCAUGGGCUCCAGGCCCAUCACCCUCGGCCCCCCUCAGAAGUCUGAUGUCUAGCAGAGUGUGGCAGGGCAGAUGGCAAGACAAGUGCAAACCCUCCCAAGACCUGAGCUGGCACCCGCACCUAAGUCCCCAGUCCCUCCUCUGCCCUCCCUUCCCUACCCAGUCCUCCAGUGGAACUAUUUUACUUUUGCUUGCUAGAGACUGGGCGGGGCCGACACACCACACAUUUCAAUCUCUGGUCUGUGAGUGUGGUGUUGGGGUUUAGAAGCUUGGGCUUGCUGUGGAUUUUUAAUUGAUCACUCUUCAUUUGGGAUCCCAAAGUUUUCACCUCUGUUCAGGAAGUCCUUAUCUAGCUGCAUAUCUUCAUCAUAUUGGUAUAUCCUUUUCUGUGUUUACAGAGAUGUCUCUUAUAUCUAAAUCUGUCCAACUGAGAAGUACUUUAUCAAAGUAGCAAAUGAGACAGCAGUCUUAUGCUUCCAGAAACACCCACAGGCACGUCCCAUGUGAGCUGCUGCCAUGAACUGUCAAGUGCGUGUUGUCUUGUGUAUUUCAGUUAUUGUCCCCUGGCUUCUUUCUUAAUACGGUGUAAUCAUGAAGGAGUGAAACAUCAUAGAAACUGUCUAGCACUUCCUUGCCAGUCUUUAGUGAUCAGGAACCAUAGUUGACAGUUCCUAUCAAUAGUUUAAGAUAAAACCGUGUUUGUCUCUUCUGGAAUGGUUAGAAGCGAGGGAAUUUGCCCCGUUCUGUUUGUAGAGUCAUAGUUGGACUUUCUAGCAUAUUUGUAUCCAUUUCCCUAUGCUGUAAAAGCAAGUCCUGCAACCAGACUCCCAUCAGCCGAUCCAAUCCCUUAUGCCCGCUCUGCUGUUGAUCCUCCCAGCCUCACUUCUGACUCCUCCCCAGGAAGGGAAGGGGGGUCAGAGGAGGGUACGAGUACUUUGGAACUCCUCUUCCUCCAAGGACAAAAGGCCCCUGACCCUGCAGUGGCCUCGCACUCCUCGCACCCACAAAGGACACCUACCUAUCCACGCAAGCACGACACCUGGCCAGGUUGUCACCAAGAAGAAUGUUGUGGUUUUUGCACAUUAUACUUAGUCCAGCUAAAUGUGGCUCCUGGGCUGGGUGCCAUCUGGUCUUGGGAAGAGGAGUGUAGGGGCCACCAGGCCCCCCUGUCACCUGGGUUGAUUGGGCAUUCAUGGUUGGGAACACAGCAUUUCAAGUGUUGUUUUCUUUCAGUUGGGCCCCACCUGCAGUUUCCUCACUCCCCAGAUGCUUUCCCUUAGAGUUGGUUUCCAAACUGCAGGUGGUGUCUACAGCUCCUUAGGGUUUAAUCCAUUUCCCCCUUUUUUCCCCAUUCCUUGUUCCCCAAAUAAGGGCAUCAUGAGUCAGUCGUGUCUAAAUAGGCAGCUUUGGCAGUUUAUCACCCUGGCAGGCAUGGGCCCUGCAGCUCCCAGGCCACCCCUGCCUUGGGGUCAAGUUGUAGGAGGUUGGAGGGAAAGCCUUAAGCCAUGGGAUUCUCACCAGCUGUGUCCGGCCCAGUUUUGGGGUGUGACCUCAAUUUUGUCUGUACUUGAACACUAUGAAGAUUGGGGGGCAUCUUUCAGUGAAUAUGUGAAUAUAGGAAUUGACCGACAGCUUUCAGAUACCAUUGGGCUAAGUCACUAAGGUCACACAUCCACAGUCUCCCCUACCCUGUCCUAGUUGUUAGUUACUACCUCCUCUCCUGACAGAAUGCUGUAUAUCCUUCAGCUUCUCGCAGGUAUACCCAGCCUGGCCCUGCCCUACCCAUUGGUGGGUCUAUCGUAACCAGUGGAAUUGCUGGCCUUGACAGUGCAGUGAGCUGAGGAUGCUCAGCACAGCCAGGCUCUAGUACAGCUCCCUUCUGCUGGCACUGCAUGUCCAUAUCAAAAGGCAGAAGGGACAUCUAGAAAAACCACAUCCCCCAGUCUAUCAAUGCCAGACUAGCCAAGAGCCCCAGCUUCUCAGCUCACCGGAUGGUGAAAGCUGCCACCCUAGUGUGGGUGCAGAGAACAGUAUAUUCAUCAGUAGCAUCAUACCAGACUAGCAACCACACACAUUGGAAAUGGGAACCAGAGCAGCCCUAAGAUGUCACCUGCUUCUCUGCCGAGCAUGUUACUGCUGUGACAGUGAUCAUGAAAGACAGUAAUAACCAGAAACAAACUGCCAAGUUAGGUGGGGAAAGGAGUUUCCUUAGCCAAUAGGAUCUCUGAUAAGUGGCUCAAGCCCAGGAGAGAGCAAAAGGGUAUGUAUUGAAUCUACCAGGUGGGACCAAUCAGAUUUCGUUUAGCACAAGUGGAGUCUAGCAGCCAGAGCCCUGUGUGCCCAUCCAGCCACAGCCCCUUUCACAGAGCAUGCCAGCCAGGGUCUGGGCUGACGACGGUGGGGAGAUCACUGGUGCCGGUUCUUUGAGAAGACCUUUGCGCAUCAGUUCAUAGCCCGUGUCCUUGCCCAUUAUGGUCUCCAGAUUCAGGUUCACACCUGCAAACUCUAGGACCAAUGGCCUAGACUUCGGGAAGUAUGCAGUUUCUAGAGCCCCUUGUGGACAAUGGCAUAGCAAAGCCCCAAGUUGCUGCCGAAGGGGACCUGAGAAACCUGCCACAGGAGUGGGGCAGGGGCAAAUGCAGUAGUGCCCCAUGCCUGGGCCAAACCCUCUGCUCCCUCCACAUCCUCUUCCCACUCUUCAUCCCUGCUCUCUGCAUCAGUGAACCAGCUCCACUCUGAAGGGAUUUGUUGAUUCUCUCCAUUUUGAUGUCUUUCUCUUUUAGAUACUAUAUCAAUCUUUAGAAAAAGGCUUAGUCUAAUUGUUAUAAAUCGCUAGGAUACUGCCUCCUCCAGAGCCUAAAAUUACAUAUAAAGGGGAAAAUUUGAACACUGAAACCAGUUCUCAACAAUUUAGAAGGAAAACCUAGAAAACAUUUGGCAGGAAAUUACAUUUUGAUGUUUCUGAUGAAUAAGAGCAAGCUUUUGCAAAAAUGCUGAUCUAAAAAUACUUACUGCUUGGCCUAAGAUGUCUGUUGAACAUUAUAGGCAAAGGAAACUCCAAUCUGAAGCCUCCUGCGACAGGAGAUAGAACCAGGGGCCUCUUGAGAUUCUGGGCCUUUUGUCAGUGGAGAACCAUGUUAGGUUGUUGUCCCCGAGGACAUGGCUUCUGACUCUAUCUUUUGUGGGUGGUGUGAAGGUUAACAGCCUGCUUGGUCCCAAAGCUGCAAGAGGCCAGCUCUUGGUGUGGGAAGCAGAACAUUUACCAGUGGCCCAGAAGUCCCAGCACCACCCAAUUUUCCACUCUUAUCUUGACAGCCUGUCCGAGCACUGUUUUGUCAGGAAAACAGUUCUAUGGAGGGAACUGGGAAGGUCCUCUGCCAGGGUGGGGGGCCUUCCCUCUGCAUUUCUGCUCUGCUCCCUUCUGGUCGGGGAGAGGUUGAGUGCAAAUGAAGUGGCUGAGUGGCAAGCACCCUAGCACUCCCUGUUGAACUCACCCCAGAGCCUCUCUGCCUCCCCCAGAUCACCCUGCCUGCCCUUUGAAGAGGCACAGAGCCCCUGGGGCAGAGGGAGAGAGGGCGGUGAAGGAGGAGGACAGGGCCCCUGUCUGCAGAGGGAGGGACCAGACCUUUAUGGAACAAAGUCUGGCCUUUGAAUUCAAGAACUUUGGGGCAUUUGGCAAAUCGCCUUUGCUCCCUAGUUCCCCCCUGUUUACCUUACCUUUUAUCAGGUCCUGCUCAGCAGUGAGAGCAGAUGCAGUGAAAAGGCCAAGAGGUUUGGCUCCUGCCCACUGGCGGCCCCUCUGCUCGCAGUGUCUGUGUGUCAAGUGGUAAAGCUGUUCUUCCUGGUGACCCUGAUUAUAUCCAGUAACUUAUAGACUAUACACAUAGGCCUGCUUUGUUUCCUCUGUCCUGGGCUUUUGUUUUGCUUUUUAGUUUUGCUUUUAGUUUUCCUGUCCCUUUUAUUUUAUGCACCAACUAGACACACAAAGCAGUUGGAUUUUUAUAUAUAUAUAUAUAUAUAUAUCUGUAUAUUGCACAAUUAUAAACUCAUUUUGCUUGUGGCUCUACACACACACACACACAAAAAGACCUGUUAAAAUUAUACCUGUUGCUUAAUUACAAUAUUUCUGAUUACCAUAGCAUAGGACAAGGGAAAAUAAAAAGAAAAAA